UGUUAUUUUGCUGUCAUCAUGGCAAGCUUAGCGGAUGUCGGCUGGAAGCUGCUGGAGUUCAAAGCCAGAUCUAAGCGAUCAGUUUAACUAAUAGACGACUGGCGUAGAAUUCAUCUAAUGAAAAAUGGCUGACACUGCCAAUGAGCCUCUGAGCGAACGUCGCAAACUCCGGAAGCUUGGCUCCAUCUAUGAACCCCUUAAGCUGUCCAUACUGCACCGGGAGGAUGAGCCCCUUUGGGAGAAACUUGACCGCUUCUAUAGUGCAGUCAAGAGCACCAUAUUGAAUUACCAGAGCCCUACCACUGGCCUGUUCCCGGUGAAGACCUGCUCCACCUGUAAGGAGGCUAAAGUCAGAGACUCGCUCUACUGCGCUGCCAGCAUCUGGGCACUGGCAUUGGCAUACAGGCGCAUCGAUGAUGACAUGGGCCGCACUCAUGAACUGGAACACUCUGCUAUCAAAUGUAUGCGAGGGAUUAUGUACUGCUACAUGCGGCAGUCUGAUAAGGUGGAGAAUUUUAAGCAAGACCCGAGUCCAUCCACGUGCCUGCAUUCAAUUUUUAACGUGGACACUGGAGAUGAGGUUUACCCGUAUAAGGAGUACAACCAUCUACAGAUCGAUGCAUUGUCUCUGUUUCUCUUGUACCUGGUUGAAAUGAUUUGCUCUGGCCUUCAAAUAAUCUACAACACAGAUGAGGUAUCAUUUAUUCAGAAUCUAGUCUUCUGUGUGGAGAGGGCGUACCGUGUGCCAGACUUUGGCAUGUGGGAACGAGGAAGCAAAUAUAACAAUGGAAGCACAGAACUCCAUUCAAGCUCGGUGGGACUCGCCAAAGCAGCUCUGGAAGCCAUCAAUGGAUUCAAUCUGUUUGGAAAUCAGGGAUGCUCCUGGUCAGUCAUUUUCGUGGAUCUGGAUGCUCAUAACAGAAACAGACAGACUCUGUGCUCUCUCCUGCCAAGGGAGUCUCGUUCCCAUAACACAGAUUCAGCCCUCCUGCCCUGCAUCAGUUACCCAGCGUUCGCUGUGGACGAUGAUGCUCUGUAUUCCCAGACUUUGGACAAGAUAGUCCGCAAGCUGAAGGGCAAGUAUGGCUUUAAGCGAUUCUUAAGAGACGGCUUCAGAACAGCCAAUGAGGACAAGAACCGCAGGCACUAUAAACCUGCUGAGAUGAAGCUCUUUGACGGUAUUGAGUGCGAGUUUCCAAUUUUUUACAUCUAUAUGAUGAUUGAUGGUGUGUUCAGAGGAAACCCCGAUCAAGUCAAAGAGUACCAGGAGCUGCUACAAGCUGUCAUUUUCCAGUCCUUUGAGGGCCACGCAGUUAUUCCUAAGUAUUAUCAUGUGCCGGCGGACUUUGUGGAAGCUGAACAGAAGAAACACGGCAGCCAGAAGCGCUUCCCCAGCAACUCAGGCCGUGAUGGGAUGCUGUUCCUCUGGGGACAGGCCCUCUAUAACAUCGCUAAGCUGCUGGUGGAUGGUUUGAUCAGCCCAAAGGACAUCGACCCCAUCCAUCGCUAUGUGCCACGACAGGAUCAGAGGAACGUCAGCAUGCGAUACUCCAAUCAGGUGAGUCUCUCUCUUCCUCCAGCUAUAUGAAUGCACAAUGUAUCC